ACUCCUUAGGUGGGGGGCGACCAGCCAUGUUAUGAAUCUCUGAAAGCCGACCCGUGGACUUGUCUGGUGUUAUUCUUGCUCUCACUAUCCUCAGUUACACUCAUACUGCUCUAAUUUGCCCUCAUACUGAUCUCAUUUGCCCUCAUACUGCUGUCAUUUACCCUCAGACUGCUCUCAGUUACACUCACACUGCUCUCAGUUACUCUCAUACUGCCCUCAGUAAUUCAUACUGCCCUCAGUUACUCUCAUAGUGCCCUCAGUUACUCAUACUGCCCUCAGUUACUCAUACUGCCCUCAGUUGCACUCAUACUGCCCUCAGUUACUCUCAUACUGCCCUCAGUUACUCAUACUGCCCUCAGUUACUCUCAUACUGCCCUCAGUUACACACACACUGUUCUCAGUUAUCCCUCACACUGCUCUCAGUUACUCAUACCUGGCUAAUUUAUCACUCAAAUAACUAAACUGUGCCACAUUGAGGUUGUGUGUGAGUAUGAGCAAGUGUGGAGGCUACAAGGUCCUCAAAGCACGAGAAUUCCUGGUUUUACCUGAGGGCCAACGUCUGUCUAGGGGCCUUGAUGGGGACAGGAAACGGCGGCUUGUCAGAAGUUCAGCCACCCCCCCACCACCAUUGUUCCUGAGGACUUUGAACUGAAGUAAUGUUUUGACAUUUGAAGCUGUAAAUAAUAAUAAUUAUUAUCUACAGCUUCGACAGAAAGGAGGAUAAAAAGAAGAAUAAGAAAAUGUCACCAAAAAACAAAAAAAAUGAAUUGCCAGGAAAGGAUCAGAACAUAGUGCAAUCUGUCUCUUCACAACCCACGUCGGGAAAGAGAGCAAGAGAAGAGGAAUCUAGUGGCCAGAGUCGGGACCAGACUGAAGCACACUCUCCCCAUAAAAGAAUAAAGGAAGUAGCUAAAACCAUUAAACAGGAAACGACGAAAAGCAUUAAUCAGGAAGCGGCUAACAUCAACAAAACUAAACAAAAGGCUGUCAAUAACAAGAAUACUAAUAAUGCUGAAACACCCAAAAAUUGCAAUAAAUUGGUAAAAACUGAAAAAGAAGAGGCAAAUAAGGCAUCAUUGUGUAAUGUAAAAGUAGAAAAUAGCAGACUUAAUACUAUGUCAGACGAAGAUGGUGAGCUCAUUGUUCCGGAUAAUACUGAGGAAAUAAUAGUCCCUGAAGAGCCUGGAAAAAUAAUUGCACCUGAAGCAGUACCAAAAUAUUUAUAUCAUGAAGACAGAAAGGGUAUUGUGUCACACGAUGUUAAUAGUAUCAUUGAGAUAGAUAAAGAUUGUAUUGACCAUGAUAAGGAUUUUAUUGACCAUAAGGAUAUUGACCAUGAUAAGGAUUUUAUUGACCUUGAUAAGAAUUUUAUUGACCAUGAAAAGGAUUUCAUUGACCAUGAAGAGGAUUGCGUUAUCUUGGAAAGGGAUAACUCGGAUAGUCCUGAUGAGGAUCCUUUAUCUUCACCAUCUCAGAAGGUAUUGCGAUCUAAUUCAACACAUAAGGAACAUAUGCUGAUGGAACAUGAAACCAAGCUUUAUGAAUGCCACGUGUGUUCCUUCAAUUCUGUGAACCCGGAGACACUGGAGAACCAUAUAUUCAAGCAGCAUGUCUUAAAAGUGGGGCGUGUUGAGCCAGUAUCACUGGAUGAAGUUAAGAAUGACUUAGAUGAUCGCUUGUCAAAGCAAGCUCCUCAGAAAGUUAUACUGGAAGAUGGGGUAUCUCUUGGACAUGAUGUCGGCUACAAGGCGGGUUUCACUUGUGCAGUGUGCAAUCGUGUAUUUACCUCAAAGUAUUCACUCAUGAAGCAUAUCCAAAUUCACACAGAAGAAAGACCUUAUUCAUGUGAUAUUUGCAGCUUCACAACCAGGUUUCGAGAUUACAUGCAGCGCCACAUGACCACUUCUCACCUUAUUGUACAUUCAGAUGAGCCUAAACUUAAAUAUUCAUCCAAGGCUCGAAAGAAGUCUGAAGAAAGAAAUAUAUCUACAGAGGAUAGCAAAGAGGAGAAAGAUCCAGAUACUGAGAAUGUAAACAAAGAUGAAAACAAAAAAGGAAAUAAAAAUGAACACAAAGAUAGAAAUGAAAAUGAAGAUGGAAAAAACGAAGCAAAUGAGGAAAUGAGCACAGAUUGUAGCUUAAACUCUGCAGACACAACUGACACUACUUCACAUGGUGGAAAGAAGAGGCGAAAUAUAUUGAGAAAACGCUUUGAAUGUGCUACUUGUGGGAUGAAGGCUACUCAUAAGACAGAUCUUGUAGUUCACAUCAGGGAGAAGCACCCAAAUGCUCUUAUUGAAUCAUUGGAUAAUGGUGAUUGGUCCAAGGGCCAACUUAGUGUAACUGGCUCAAAGAAGAGUAAUGUAAAUCGACAGACAACCUGCUCUUAUUGCUCUAAAGUCUUCCAUGACAACUGGAAAUAUAAAGUGCACAUGCGAGUACAUACAGGCAUUAAACCCUUUGGGUGCAGUGUGUGCUCAUUUUAUGCUACUAGUAAGAUGACUGUUCGUGACCAUAUUCAUCGUAAGCACAAAAAUUGUGUGAAUCCCAAGAUUAUUUUGCGUACUGUAAAUAUUGAUGGAACAGUCGGUCACACUGAGCUUGGCAUGCCACACCAGGAGUUCAAAUGUGACUACUGUGAAAAAGUGUUUGAAGAUAAUUAUCAUUAUAAACAACACAAGAGGAGUAAUCAUAAAGAUGCUUUACCAUACUCAUGUACUAAAUGUAAUCAUAAAGAAAGUGUUCGAGCAAAAAUGAUCAUGCAUUGUAUGCAAAACCACAGUGAUGAAGAGCUUGAGGGACUAAUAUUACACAACAAUAAGCCCUUUAAUGUUGGGCUUCUCAAGCUUCCUAAGUGUCAGCAGUGUGACAAAAUUUUUCCAUACCAGUCACUACUAAAUAUACAUCAGAAGCAACACACUGGUGAACGCAGCCUCUUUUGUGAUAUCUGCAGUUAUCGCACCAAUAUUAAGGCUGCACUGGAGAAGCACAUACUGAAGCAUCUUGAUGAUGAGCCUUCCAAGAAAUCUGGAGUCAGAAGAUCUACAAGGAAUAAGGUUACAGAAAGUGACGAACCAAUUAUCUUUGUUGACAUUGAUAAGGUAAAUAAUGAUGUUAACAUAGGAAAAGUAAAAGAAGAGGAUACUAAGUGAACAUUUGAAACAAAAGCUCCAUUGAAUAAGUGCCUUCUUUUACAUAAUAUUUUUGCCUUCAGAGGGACCAUACUGGUUUUGUUUUAUUUAUAUUAAAGUAUACACAUUUCAUACAUAAAACAGUGGAGUAUUUGUAGACAAGAAAUGUAUGUUACUUAUAGCCACUAACAAGCAGAGCAUUUCAGUCAUAAUAUAAAUAUUAUUAAAAAAUUUAUUUACAAGUUUAAUGUGGUAAUAUAUGAAACUAAAUGAGAAGUAUGUUAACAUUUAGAACUGUUAGAGAUGUUCUGAAUUAAAAAUUUUCAGUGAUUUAUAAACUAUAGUUUAUUGUAACAGUACAAACAUGGUACUAGUAUUUAAUUAAUUGUAAAAUGAUUGACAAUUUUUAAUGAUAAUUUGUAUCAUUACAAAUUAUUUUACAAUUUGUAGUAGUAACGUGUCUUCCUUAAGGAUUUCCAGACUUUGGUUAUAGAUUUAAUAGAGCAGUUAAACAUAGACUGUGGUGCUUAUAUAUUAUACUGUAAUUAGUGUGUGCUGUAUUUGUUAUACAAAUAUGCAAUAUAAAAUUGUGUCUGUUAAAAAUACUGUAUUGUUAGAUAUAGAGUUUGUUGCAAGGACCUUAAUAGAUAAUUUUUAGAUUAAAUAAUUGUUCCACAUUAUGCAACCAAUUAUAUUCAGAAUGAAAAGCUCCGGUACCCAUCCAAAGAAAAGUUACUAUACUUCAGAAUUUUAAAGCUAAUUAUAGUAUGUACUGUACUUGCUUCCGCUAGAUACUUUUAGUAGUAGUUUCCCAGAAAGUAGAGAAAGUAUUUUUACCUGUAUGUUGUAAAUUGUUUUAGAAAAGGCAAGUAAUGCAAGAUUAUUAUUGAAUAUAUUUUCACUGUGUCAUAUGAAAUGUGUGCAGUUCAUUAGUGAAAGUUUAGUUAUGAUAUUAAUUAGUGUAACAUAAUGUACAUUACAGCACGUUAAGUUAGCACAUUAUAAAUUGUAGCCAAAUUGAUUAUAAUAUUGCAUUAAAGUUGAUGCUUCAACCUGAUUAAUGCCUAAACUGCAUAUAAAUUAUAU